UUUGAACAUGUGAAAUUUAUUUUGUUAAUUGAUAUCAAUUGGCAGCCUUCCUUCUGAGAAGCAGUCUGCAGCUGCCAACAUCCCUUUUGAGAUCUUCAAGCAAGACAAGCGAUACUCCAAGGAGAUCCGUAAAGCGGCCAUUCAACGAGUCUGCAUCCCUCUCCUCAGGCAAGCCUCGCGUGAUGCAACGGUGACCUUCUAUAAAGGUCAUAUCCAUGACAUCAUCUCCGUCCUGGAGGCUAGGCUCACCAAGAACCCUGUGCCAGCCUUUGAGAACCAACUAGUGUCUAAGAUCUGUUACUUCGAGCUGAUUGAAGUACUUUAUUCCAGGCUGAGUAAAGAUGAUCUCAACAGUAAGGACUCUGCUCUCAAUCGAGAAUAUCGCCAUGGUAACGUUGAGAAAGGCAAUGAGAUGUCAACUGCAUUGACCAAGGCUGCACUUGGAGCUCGCAAUGAGGAUUGCCGUGGGGAGACAGUUGCAGUGGAGCUGAGACGUCAGUUUCACUGCGCCGCCUUCAACUGCUCUGCUGCCAUCAUCAGUUGCGUUCAGGAUAACAUCAAGUUCUACAAUGCUUUCCUCUUCAGUGAGAACCAUGCAAAGGGCCAAUUUCUGCUGGACAACCUGGUGGACCCCAAGAAGGAGUACGGCUUUGCCAUCGAGAUGGAUGCACCUGUGGAACGCAAGAAGAGGUUUGUGGCCAUCCGCACCCAAGCGAGGGAGACAAACACACCUGAGGAAUCCGGAUAUGUUUCAGGCCCAGCCCACUACCUAUCGUCUCAGUAUCUAUCUGACAGUAGCCUGAGUGAAGAUGUAAAUCAGUUUGACUUCUCCAGCAGUGUGAGACAUUUUGGUAGCUCCAUGGAGAGUCAGAGAGAUGGGGGUAGCCAGGGAAGCCAGGGCAGCCAGCGACCAGGAUCAAUGGCUAGCAGACAGGACUCUAAGCCAGUCUUCUCUCCCGGUGGCGAGUACUUGGAGAUGGAGGAGGAUGCGUUGAAUCAGCAUGAAUGCAUGGCAGCUAUGACAGGCGUGCUCAAACACAUGACAAACAACAAGAUUAACCCUGACAUUACCAAGGCAACCAAAGCAGAAGAGAUGCCUCAAUGGAUGUCUGGUCUUCAGAAGAAGCUCUCAUCACAAUCCACGGAACACAACAUCAAACUCUUCAUCGUCCGACUGGUCAUCAAUGCACAAGAUGUGUUCCAGCCGUACGCCAGGUUUUGGCUGUCUCCAUUGAUGCAGUUCUUGGCCGGAGGUCAGCAAGGUGGGAUCAACUACAUGGUACUGGACAUCAUGCUGGUCAUGUUAGACUGGUCCACUCUAGCUGUUCCAGAGGACAAUCGUUUAGCGAGUGGAGUGUUGAGGUUCCUGAUGGAGAACAGCUUCCAUGAGAGGAAAUCAGUGAUGAAGAACAACCUGGAAGUUAUCAAGACAUUGGUAGAAUGCUGGAAAGCGGUCAUUGAUGUACCUACCAGAGUGAUCUAUGAGAGCCUCCAAGACCGAUCACCUGACAAGAAAGACAGCGCUGUUGGUAUUCAUCUUCUUGGGGUGGUCCUAGCCAAUAAUCUUCAUCCUCUGAGUCGCACAUGUGAUGUGGAUGCAGACAGAUUUUACUCAGCACUUGCAUCCAACAUUGACAAUAGAUACAAGGCGGUUCAUGGGGCGGCUGCUGAGGUCAUCGGCAUGGCAAUGAAACAGAUGGCUGAGGUUGAUAAGAUCCCUGACAGUCAUCUACAUGAAGUAACCUACAAGGAGCUGAGUCAACUCCAUUUAGGCUCUGGGAAAGAGGUCAUCUUUAUCACUUGCCUUCAUAAGAUCCAUCUCCAUUAUCCAGUCUUCACCGAUAGAUUCAUGAACAAGUUGUUGUUCAUGUUGCCUUCCAUCCAUGGUCAACCAAAGACUGAAUGUCUGCAGAUCAUCACAGCCAGGAUAGAACAUAUCGACAAUGCUUUCAUCGAGAUGAAGAACAAGAACAUCCUGGCACUACUCACACACAAAGAUGAGGCUGAUCAGCUGACGAGUCUCAAGUUGGUAGAUGGAAUGCUUCCGAAACUCAAACCGUCUGAGCUUCGCUACCUCCUCCCUGCUGUCAAGGACUUUGUUUCUCAUCCCAGCCCUAGCUGCAGAGAUACAAUGUAUUCCAUUCUCAUGUGGAUCUACGAUAACUACAGGGAUGAGGAUAAAAGAGAGGGUCAGGAUGGUGAUGAGGCUCUAUCUAUCGCCAAGGAUACCCUCCUUCAAGGUCUCUCUGAUCAGGAUAACUAUCUCAGGUUGCGAGUGAGUAAUUUCUGGAGUCAUGAGACUCGUCUACCCAAGGAGACUCUUGAGCGUCUCAUCUCCAUGCUAGGAUGUAUGUACUCCCCCGGUACAGAGAAUCGUUACCUUGGUUACGCCACCAACCUGCUGCUAGAGAUGACCUCCAAGAGCCCUGACUUCAAGAGAGAAAUCUUUGAACAUCCGUUAUCAGCUUGCAAAUUUGAGGAAGUGCAGAUCGACCACUCCUGGCGUCAGCGUCACGCAGCGAUAUCCACCCCCAAGUUUGUAGAGACCCAGGUGGGUCAGUCCCAGGGGAGUAUUAGGGGAUCCCCCUCAUCACAGAGUAUGACAUCAUCAGGAAUGAGCAUGGGUGGAGGAGGACAGCUGAGGGCCACACAGGUUACUCAAAACUUCACUGCCACUCAAGAUAAUGCUGCUUCCAGUCACAAGAAUGGCUACAACUGGUUGACAGGUAGCCAGGACACGUUUGCUGAUUAUUCAUCAUCUUCCUCAGCGAGUGAAUCCUCUUUGCUCUUUACUAUGGGGUCUCUACCGAAGAGAACUGCCCAGGGCUCCAGGGGCACCAAGCAGGAGGCUGGAGCAGGUGGAAGCAGAGACAAAGAGGCCAGGAAAGCACCCUCAGAAGGGGAGAAGGAAGUUCAGCGACUCAAGAGACGUUUCAUGAAGGACCAAUCCUCUCAGAGUGCAUUCUUUGCUAAACGGGCUACAAGGCAAAAACAACUCAGAGAGGAGGUGCAGAAGAGCCAGAGAGAGCGUAGGUUUGCGCAGGUGACGAUGUACCGUCAGUACAGGACAGGGGACCUUCCAGACAUCCAAAUUAAACACUCUGACAUCAUAGCACCACUACAGGCUUUAGCACUGAGAGAUUCCACGCUGUCUCGACUGCUGUUCUGCGCCCUCUUUAGGGGUAUCUUGGCCAGGAUAGGAGACAUGUGCACAGAUGGAGAAACAGAGCUUCAUGUGAAAGGCAUUGAAAGGCAUCUCAACCAGAUGCUAACCGAUUCAAACCAGUUUGAUCCGGCUUUCAUCAGCUGUAUGUUGGAGAUUGGUUUCUACCACAGUGAGCAGUUGACCCUUGACCCUGCAGCUAUCAGCCAAUCAUGUCUGACCAGUCGUCAGCUUCUCAUCGGUAUUCGUGUGUUGGAGGAGGUGUUGAUUAAGAAGAGCGGGGACGAUGAGAGAAGUAGGAAGAGAGCAAGGACUUCAAGACCAGAGUCCAACCAGGAGAUGAGUACAUGGAUUGAACUAGCUAGGUUGUACAAAGCCAUGGGGGAGUUUGAUGUUCUACGAGGAAUAUUUGGCGCCCUCAUUAAGACGAAGGAUGUGACGCAGGAAGCUAUCCAAGCGGAGUCAAGAGGAGACUACGAGUCCGCUCUCGAACUCUACUCAAAGGCAAUAUCAUCCGAUUGGGGCCCAGAUGGCGUUGCUCGGGAGGAGGAAGACUUCUGGGAUGAGGCUCGUCUUCAGUGCUGCAACCAGCUGACAAAGUGGGAUGACAUGGAAAGCUUCUCAACUGAUCAGAUUGAAGGAAAAGGAUCAAAUGAUUUGUCUCAGAUAUGGAACGAUGAUUACCAACAGGAGAUCUACCUGCCAUACAUGAUGCGAUCCAAACUCAAGCGCUUGAUGGAAGGUUCAGAAGAUGAUAGUCUCCUAGGCUUCAUCGAUUCAUCUGCCAAGGACCAAGAGAAGAGAGUCAUUCUAGAGUCUCGAUACACAGAGGAAUUGGCUGCCUUGUCUAUUUUGAAAGAAGACUACAAUAGAGCGAAAUAUUACUUGGCAAACAGCACAAGUUCCUUUCUGCAGGAGUGGUCUGGUCUUGGACCUCUGAUGCUUACAAGUCGUCUGUCCAAACUCCAAGACAUCCAGAAGCUCACUGAAGCUGAACAGUUCCUACAACUUGCCAACAAACCAUUUUCGGAGGGUUUGAAGUCUUCUGCCACCAGACUUGUGUCGGACUGGUCCAGGAAUCUACCAGACCCAAAGAGGGAUCCAAUCAGUGUGUGGGAUGACGUCACUCAAUACAGAUGUCUCUACAUGGACAAGCUGUGUAACCUGUUAGGUGACUCAGGAGGAGGAGGAGGAGGAGGAGGAGACUCCAUGGAGACAGAAGACCAAAAGUUUGAUGACCUUGUGAGGAGGGAGAAGGUUCUCUUGUCUAUGAAGAUGGCUGAUAGUGCUUGCCAACAGGCCAAUUUCUGUGUUGCAGCCAAACAUCUCAAAUCAACUCAUCGGGGCCUGGUAGAAUUUGAGGACCUCCGACCAGCCUGGACUCACAGUUAUGUGUCUAUGACACAAAGGAAGGCAUUGCUUCUUAAGCCAUAUGAAAGGAUCACCUCUCUUCUCAAGGCCUUAGAUCAUCUCGGCAAGUUACCAGUAUCCCAUAACUUGGGGAGUGAUCUGUUCCUACUCUGCGACCAUCGUAUCCUGACCAGUAAGACCUAUCAGUCCAUGGCUAGUGCUCUACAAGAAGAAAAAGGAGAAAUGUUAACCAGACUCAGUGAUGCCGGCAAGCUGGAUAAAUUGCUUUCUAAAGCUGAAUGUCAAGAGAGCAAACCUGAGAAGGUGUGUCAGAGUCUGUUUAUGAAGAGCAAGAAAUACCUUGAUGAUGCCGUAGGAACCAUCAAACUAGACCCUGCCUCCCAUUCAUUAUCAUCAUCAGCUAAGAGAGAGGAGCAGAGCAUGGCAAAGGCGCACAUGGCUCUCGUCAGCUUUUGUGAUCAGUUGCUACGGCAACAAGACGAUGAUGAUUGCAACCCUGAUUAUUUGCCCUUGAUGGAAGCAUACCCCUCCACCGUGGUCAACUCAACUCUUCAAGCUAUGAAUCUGAACUCACCCGAGGCCAGGCAACACUUCCCAAGGCUGCUCCAGCUGGUAGAAAAAUAUCCUGAUACCAUGCAAAGUCUUGUAAAAAAGGCUUCCAUCAUUCCAAGUUGGAUGUUCAUUGGUUGGAUAAGCCAGAUGGUAGCUCUUCUUGACAAACCAGAAUCUUUAGCUGUCCAGGGCAUCCUGAAAGCUAUCGCAAAGGAUUACCCACAGGCUCUAGUCUACCCAUUCAAGAUCAGCAGUGAAGAUUUCAAACUUGGAGAUAAAUCAAAGGAGAAACAGAGGAAGGAUGCAGUCAAGGAAAUAGAAGACAUCUUAUCUACAGUACCACUAGUUGAGAAUCUUACACUAGCUCUACAGAGACUUACCCAUCCUGGAUUCAUCUUUAAGGAUUGGGUCAGUGUAAUCAACAGUAAGAUGAACAGUAAGAAACGUGAUCAUCUUGCCAUCAAGGAGGAAUACCAGCAGCUUUAUCAGCAGCUCUUUGAGUCCGGAGGAAGGCAAGGAGAACCAUCCAGCUCUAGCCAGACAGUAGAACCAGGACCUUACUGGAAGAAAUUUGGAAGGGAAUGGCAGAAGAGGUUUGAUUCAUCAUUUGGUCAAGAUGGAAGUAAGCUUGCAGCAAUGGACUACAAGACAUGGUCCAAGCUAAGGCAGGACAUCUGUGCAAAGAUGACUCCAGGAAAAGAUGACCCUGGCAAUCUCAAGGAGUACUCUCCCUGGUUCACUGCGUUCCAGACUCUAAGGGGAGAUGAGCUGGAGAUACCUGGUCAGUACGAUGGAAGCAAGAAGCCUCUCCCAGCCUACCAUGUCAAGAUCGCUGGAUUCGACGAGACGGUGCUGACGCUGUCCUCUCUGCGCAAGCCCAAGUGCAUCACGAUCCGAGGCAACGAUGAGAUGGACUACCCAUUCCUGGUCAAGGUUGGAGAGGAUCUCAGGAUGGAUCAGAGGAUAGAACAACUCUUCUGCAUCAUGAACGGCAUUCUGGCACAGGAUGCGGCUUGCAGCCAACGAGGGCUCACUCUUACUACCUAUCAGGUUGUGCCCAUGACUCCAAGACUUGGUAUUCUAGAGUGGGUAAAGAGAACAACGACCCUGAAGGAUUUUAUUACCAGAUCCAUGACUGAAGCUGAGCAUAAGGUUUAUACAUCCAGGACUGCCGGACCAGGAGCUCUCUUCACUACUUGGCUUCAAAAAUUCUGCCAAAAUGAUGGGAACAUUAUUAAACUCUUUACUGAAGCAUACAAGAAAGCAAAUGAGACAGAGACUAUAAAAGCCUUCAGAGAGAGAGAAGCAAAACUACCUUGGGACCUUCUUAGACGAGGCUUCAUGCAGCUGAGUGCUUCCCCUGAAGCAUUCUUGACGUUGAGGGCGCACUUUGCUCGUUCGCAUGCUGUCCUGUGUAUCUGUCAAUACAUUCUUGGUAUAGGUGAUCGACAUCUUUCAAACUUCUUGGUCAGUUUAGAGACAGGCGGUAUGGUGGGCAUUGACUUUGGUCAUUCCUUUGGAUCAGCUACCCAGUUCUUGCCGAUCCCAGAGCUGAUCCCAUUCCGUCUGACCAGACAGAUCAUCAACCUCAUGCUACCCAUGAAGAUAGAUGGCGUCCUACAGAGUACCAUGGUUCAUACAUUGAGGGCGCUUCGUCAGAAUCAUGAGCUUUUAGUAAACACGAUGGAUGUGUUUGUGAAAGAGCCAUCUCUCGAUUGGAAGUGUUUCGCUGUGAAGCAAGCCGAUUACCAGAAGUUGUCUGAAGAUAGUCGUGAGGACAUCUCAUGGUACCCAAAGAAAAAGAUUAAAUUUGCAGAGAUGAAACUUCAAGGUGUUAACUCAACGUACAUCACCAAGGCAGAGCUAGAGAUGGGGCCGCAUUCGAAGGACGCGAAGGACGCUCCGUUCUUGAAAGCAUUGAAGUCUACAUGUGGUGGAAAUACAGAGAGCAAACGAGCACAAUCUAAGUCAAAAGGACUAAGCGUUGAGGAUCAAGUCGCUUGUCUAAUUGAUCAAGCCACUGACCCUCGCAUUCUUGGGAAAACCUACCAGGGAUGGGAGCCAUGGGUCUAGGCCUAUUGGUCAUUCAUCAGAUGGACUUCAUUAAAGUUGAAUUGUACAUGUCAUGAUAUCAUUGUAUGAGGUAUUGCAUGGUACAGCAUAAAACGUAAAUAGUUUUUAGAACCACAAGGUACCUUUCCACUAGCUUUGGUUAUUAUCUUAAAAGAUAGAGAGAAACUUAGAAAUUCUGUUCUCAAAGUUCCUGAACAGGUUCAGAUGAAUUGUACCAGUAUGGCAUAUUUUUUAAAAUUUACAAUCACAUUGUCAUUGAAAUAUCAUUGUUGAUUAGUCAUUGUGAAACAUCUACUCUAGAAAUAUUCAAGAAAUUGGGUAUGUACAUUUGGUACAUGUGUUCUUUGCCUCUUACUAGUGCUUCCUGUAGAAUGUAAAAUAUAUGAACAAAAUGUUGCAUUAGUAAAGGCAUGAAGUAAUAGUGUAUAAUCAACUCAGUCUUGGUCAGAGUAUUUUAACCUUAGAGCCACUCGGCCUGUACAGUUUUGAAAAGCAACACAUUAAUGUACAUGUAGAAAGGAAGAGAACUGAAAAUCUGAAUAAAAUGUGGAUGUGUGAAUUAUAUUUCUUACAAGUAAAGAUAGAGUUAUGUACACAUUUACUUGUAUCAAUAAGCAAUAGUUACUUGCAAUGUGUAAUUCACUUUAAAUCACAGCAGAAUUAGUCAAUUCAAUGUAUUUUCUUCUUGUGAUUGCCGGUGAGCUCUGCAAUACAGCAAUCAAUAUCAUAAUGCAGAGGAAGUAAAAUUCUGUCAGAAGGGCUUACUACAGGAUGUUUGGAUGUAAUUAUUUGUAUUCCAUACAUGUACAAAAUGAAAUAUGGUUAUAAACAAACCUGUUGAGCAGUCUAUUAUUGAAUAAGAGCAGACUGUUUAAAGUAGGCAGUAGAUAUUGAAUAAUCUACAGGUAGUAAUGUGAGUUCGUGAAAUUCAUAAUAUAUACUCAGAAGGUAAUAGUAUAUUUGUAUUUUGUAAAGCGCUUAGAGACAUUUUUAUUAAGCGCUAUAUAAAAGCUAAAUAUUAUUAAGGGCACUAAUUCAUAUACAUUCAAACCUCCUUUAGUGAAAACCUGUCUACAAAGACCACAUUUUGUAUUUCCCUUGGGUGGUCUUUAUAGACAUGUUCCAUUAUACAAGAACACAGUGUCAACAAUCAGGGUUCCCACAGUCAUGAAAAAACCAUGGAAAGUCAUGGAAAAUGUUUCAAAAAUCUCCCAGUCAUGAAAAGUCAAGGACAUUGAUUGUGAGUGUGGGACGUAUGUGGCUAAGGCGGCCAGUUUGAACUGACAAUGUACCUGGUAUCCAUAUGCCUCUUGGAUGCCACAACCCGUACCAAAGUGGUACUUACCCGGUCAUGGAAUUCGGUCCUCAAAUUUCUGUGGGAACCCAAGAUAUUAGUCUAUACAUAAUAAGCAAUCUGCUGAAAGUCAGAAGAUUGUCAACCUUCCGACUCUUAACAGGUUGUUUAUUAUGUAUUGACUAAAUCUGAGUGAUUUCUCAAGCUUGAGCAUUGGGACAUUUUAGAUAUCUCUGCAUUUAUCAUGUCAAAUAGAAAUAUAUUAGGUCUGUGUGUAGCCUAUGUAUAUGAAUACCUGCUGAAAUACGAUCCUAUGGGCCUGAAUUAUCAAGAGCAUUUUAUUGUAAUUAUGUUGUUUUUUAUUACAUUGUUUAUGAAUACUUGUGCCUGGAUAUCGAUAAGCGACUUGACUUCAGAGAUACAUGUUAUAAAGGUCAUUUAUAUGAAACUGUAAAACCUGACGAUAUAAUUGCUGGAUGUGUUCAUGAUGUGUUCAUGAAAGUUAUGUGACCGUUAUUCAUUUUAAUAUAUUCUGUGAUACAUAGGAGGAAGUAUUGUGUCAAGAUGGCAAACAAAAGGUGUUUUGCGUACCUCCAUCACUUUUGUAGUGAUUAUUCUAAAAUGCAUGGUGGGACUUCUCAACAUUUAAAGGAUGUGUGGAUAGAUUUGAGCCACUUAGGGGUCACUUGUACAAGUGCUAUCUCCAAAAUGACUGAUUGAGCGAUAAGAUUAACAAUGAUCAACAUUCCUCUUGAGUGAUUUUUAUUCCCUUUCUGUGCAGUUGUUUAAAUACCAAGUGAUUAAUUAUGUGCAUCAAUGAAUAUAGUAAACCUAUAUACAAGCUAUACAUUUCAUUUUAAAAAUGCUAGUCUAUAAAAUGAAGCUUCUGAACUUACUCAGUUUUGUAUCUAUCCUACAUGUAAUGUAUCUUUGAGAUGCCAUGUUGCAAAUUUGCAAAGAAACUAUUGUUUCACAAGACAAAUGUGCCAUAUCUAAUCCCUCAGUCACACCAACAAAACCAACAUCACGCCGACAACAGACCAGCUAAAAAAUUACAUUACCCCUGUGGUAAAAAAUAAGUCAGCUUGGAGUCAGUUUGGUGGUGUGACAGAGGUAUAUUAAAAAAAUAUUAGAAAGCUAGUUUAGUGUGUUUAUCCGUCUUUUUCUUUAGGCACUUAUUAGGAUGCAGUUUAUUUUUAACACAUGAUCUCAUUCCAUGUACCCGAAUCUUGUUUCAUGUGUAUCGUUUGUAGAAUAUCAAGCUUAAGCUAUACAUGUCUUUUUGUGUAUUUUGUUUCUGUGUUACAGUCCUGUGUAGUAACUUCCAAGUGGGACUAUAAAAUAAGAAGCAUUUUCAUUGUUACUACUGUGACUUUCAUGUACUAAAUAUUACUUUUAUGACAUCACUUUUCACAAUAAAUAAUAGACUACAAGAGAAA